AAAAACGAAUUGAUAUUAUUUAUUGUUUACAAAUUCAUAAUAAGAACAAGAAUGUUUGAUUUAAUUAAAAAAUACAUAUUAAAUCUGUAUUUCCAAUACGAAAUGGUGACUUGUAUUUACAUGUUCGAGCCAUGGGAAAAGAGACUCAUAAACGGAUUUGUAAUAUUCAUUUUGGCGCUAUUCACUUUCUCCAGCAUUGUUUACUUACCAAAAUAUAUUGAGACUUUUGUGCAAUUUCUGUCACCACUUCCGCCCACAAAUGGCUACAGUCCAACUUACCAAGCGGAAAAGAUGUCCAGCAGUAGUUAAGAGUAGACAAACAUAAACUAGACGACGCACACUGCACUUAAUUAAUGGCCAAGGGCUGAGAGUGUGACUCACACACUCAAGACGAAUGCAGUGUUUCGAAAGACUGUUUGCGCGUAGUUUUUUAAGAAAAUGGUUUUUAUUUUUAUUUUUUAAAAAGGUUAUAACUAAAUUGAA